AAUUGACAUUACUUGCGAUAAUGUUGGUUGUUUGUCGCCAAAACACAACGCUUCUAUCCAGAAGUUUUCGGCAUUCCACAGCUGAACGGAUACGAUUCCUACACACCAGCUCACCCCGCCUUUCCCAUGAUAAUCCAUUGGGCCUGCCUCGAAACAAUGCACCUCCCACAAUGCCAAGACGAUCAGCUGGACCUCCAAAGCCGCGCAAGAUACCAAAUGUAGCAAACAUAGUAGCAGUCUCUAGUGCAAAAGGAGGUGUAGGAAAGAGUACAGUAUCGGCAAAUUUAGCAUUAUCACUAGCAAGAAAUAAAGUGGAUCAAGGUAGAUCGGUAAAGGUUGGAUUAUUGGAUUUAGAUAUUUUCGGACCGAGUAUACCACUUUUGAUGGGAUUGGAAGGACAAGGAGAACCAGAUUUGACGGAAAAUGGUGCACUGCUUCCACUGAAAAAUCAUGGAAUACCUUGUAUGUCAAUGGGAUUCCUUUUACCGCCUUCACCUGAUGGAACUUCAUCUUCAGCCCCUGUCGUUUGGCGAGGCUUGAUGGUGAUGAAAGCUGUUCAACAAUUACUCUUUGACGUUGAUUGGAGGGGCGAUGCAGGCGAAGGAUUGGAUGUUUUGGUGAUCGAUAUGCCACCUGGAACAGGAGAUGUUGCAUUGACAUUGUCUCAAUUAGUCAAAGUGGAUGGAGCAGUGAUCGUGAGUACGCCACAAGAAGUUGCUUUGGCUGAUGCAAGAAAAGGUGUUGCGAUGUUUGAUAAAGUCAAUGUACCAAUCUUAGGAAUGGUUCUCAACAUGGCUCACUUUACUGCACCUGAUACGGGUAAAACGUACCCCUUGUUUGGAUCACCAAAAGCAUUCGAUGCAUUUGCUCAAUCGAACAACGUUUCCGUCCUUGGAAGAUUACCCCUCGAACCGAUCAUUAGCUCAGAUGGAGAUGCAGGAACUCCAAUAGUCCUACGUGAUCCCCCGUCGGGUAGCGUAGGUCAUGAGAGUAGCAACAUUUUCAAAGAAUUGGGCUCGAAAGUCUGGCAAGAUCUUUCACAAAGACAAUCCGGAAAGACGAGAGAGUGAGAUCCGAUUUUGCCCAUCUCAACCAUCUGUAUUCUAGUCAAUUUAUAAAAGUACAAUAGGGUUUCGGUCAUGCAAUGUAAAGCUUCUAAUAGUCCUAUGC